AUGUCUGAGGUGGAUGAAGAUUCAGUCUUGUCAGAUGUAGAGGGCCAGGAAGAAACGCAUCAAGACGGAGUCGGAGAGGACGAGAAGGUACAGGGUUGCCAUUUGACCCAAGAAACCAUAAGUCAGGGCCUCUCGUUACUGUGCCGAACAGAAAAUGGACUAGGACAUGCAUUUGUCAAACUGGACCUAAAAGACAAGGGACUGAAUGACAUAGCUGUAAUUAGCAGUUAUAUUCACCUUCGUUUUCUGGAUAUAUCCAACAACUACCUUACUGAUCUUUCUCCUCUGGCACCUCUGACCCAACUGCUUUGGCUGAAGGUUGACAGUAAUGCUGUGGCAUGCUUCAAAGGGCAACCUUUUGCUCAGUUCACCUAUUUGCAGUGGCUGAGUAUGGCAGCGAACCAGCUGACAGACCUGGAUGGCCUUGUUGGGCCUACUUUAGAGAGCCUCAAUCUCACAGGUAAUAAUAUUAAGGCAGUGAAAGGGCUUCAGAGUGGCUGUUUUGCCAACCUGGUAACUUUAGAGUUGAGAGGAAACCGCUUGGAUACCACUGAUGGCAUCAACCUUCCAAACCUGCAGCGAUUAUAUCUGGCCCAAAACGUGAUCAAACGUCUGGAGGGUUUGGAGAGGUUAGAGCGUCUCAACACCCUUCACCUUCGAGACAACCAGCUAGAUACCCUGGAUGGUCUCAGCCCCAACAUGAAGUGUCUCCAAUACCUAAAUGUUAGAGGCAAUGCAAUCUUAGAUGAGAAUGCCCUACAGUGCCUUGGGCUUGUGUCAAAAACUCUGCGCUCUUUGGUCCUUUCUGAGAACCCGCUGGUGGAAAAGGCAGACUACCGACUAAGUGUCCUGAUUCUUGUGCCACAGCUUGAGCGAAUUGACAAAGAUCCUGUCUCCCCUGAAGAGAAGACUGAUGCCUGGGAGAGAAUCAAGGAACUUAAAGAAGAGGAAACACCUGAGCCAUUAGAUUUGUAA